AUGGCUCAACCAUACAUGCCGGUGGCAAGUGCGGAAGAUCCGGAAAUCCAAGAAAGUCCCGGCAAUGGCAGCUCGUCCAUCUGGAUCCAGGAGGAGGAGGAGAAAAUCCGCAAGCAAGCUGAGCAAGUAACCCUGAGCAUCCCUCCCCACUUCCCAAGGCUCGACUCUAUCGGUGGUAAUAACUUAGACUUCGAUUACCCGUCAAUUUUCAAGCUUCGCCGCCGCGCCGCCGUUGGAGUAGCGCUGGCGUCCAUGCCCACGCUUCCGCAGGCGGCCGCCUCGCCGGCCCUGGAUCACCCCGAGCCCGCAACCAGCAGCAUCAUGGUCGCCGCUGUCGGGCCGUACCACCGCCCGUCGUCAGGCUCACUCAUCACAGAUGCCAAGAAGUGCGCCAUCGUCAAGUUUCUUGCUAGCCAGCAAGGGUCCGGCCUCAACACCGCCGACUUCCUCCGUUGGGCGAAGGAGAAUGAUGCCCGAGUUCAGAGCUGCUACGAGGCUGGCUCGUUUACCGUGAGCUCUGAGCCAUCCAGAGAAGAAGAAACCAUGAGCUCCAAGGAUCUCCCCAGGAUGCUUCUGCUCGACGGUUGCCUGCUCCUCUUCGCCGUCUUCCUGCUCACGUCGAGCGUGCACGCGACGCCGGCGCUGCCGGCCCAUGAUGACGCCGAGCGUGAGAGGCAGUUCAACUACUUGUCCGCGGACAUGUGCCGGAACAUGAAACAGACCAGGCUGGACCUGCUGACGCUGAGCAACCAGAUCCCCUUCUUCGUGCUGGCCGAGCUUCACGGACGGUUGAAAGGCACCUUGUUCAAUGGAAUCGAGCGCAGCAUAGAAGAGCUGGCUCUCUCCUGCUUCGACGACAUCCACCCGCCGCUCAGUGGUGUCAUCAAACAAGCCAAGGCAGGAGAAACCAUCACGUUCCCAAAGACAGUUCAUCACCUGCUGCACCUUUUCCACUGGUCGCGGGUCCCCGAGGGCAAGCACAUGCUGCUCAACGAUUCUCCCUGCCUGCACGCCGAGCCGGAGUCGCACCUCCCCUGCGCGACCUGGUUCGAGGAGUGGCGGACGAGUUUCAGCAAGCAGGCCGCACCGGGCGGCAGCUCGUUACACAUCGUCUUCAAGAGGGAGAUGAUGGACAUGCGAGGGGUGAUGCACGUCCCUGCCCAGCACAUCCACGGCUACAGCGAGCCCGUCUUCCGCAGCCUCAUCGCGUUCGAGCAGAGGCACCACCAGUGUGGCCUCGGCGUCACCGCCUACUCCAUCUGCAUGGCUCGGCUGCUGCAGACCGAGGCCGACGCCAAGCUGCUGAGGGAGCGCGGGAUCCUGGCGCACACGCACCAGACCGACAAGGAGAUCGUCGACCUCUUCACUGGACUCGCGGAUGAGUACAGCAACACAUUUUACUCCAAAGACCUGCUUCGCCUCUGCGAGGACGUGUCGGCGCAUCAUAAGAGCACGCCCGCCAAGGCCAUCAAGUGGGUGAGGUUGCAGUGCUUCCCCAAGCAGUCUGUCACCUUCUUUGUCAUCUUUGGGGCUUUGAUCUCCUUCGCCACCGUCAUCAACGCGGGCUACUCGGUCUAUAGGUUCUAUCACCCACUCCCGGUCAAGUAA